AGUUAAUAAUGCCUACUUCUCCCACAAAUAUAUUGGAAAAUCCUGCUCUGCUCCAUGGAAUCUUCAAAUACGCUUUCUUCUACGACGAAGCUAUCCGUACCUUAACCUCCCUCUCUAAGCUCGCCCAGACCACUUGCUACAAUUCUCUUCGCGUUAUGGAACUGCUCUAUGCAAAGUACCACUUAUGUGUUUAUACUCGAAAACAAUUGGAGAAGGUGGCGAAUAGAAGGAUAGUGUACUUUAAAGUGGGAAUAGAACUUAGCCCUGAGUUUGAUGGUCAGGAUUUUGUCAAAUUUUUGAAGGUGUUUGAAGAGAGUGAUCUUUCUGAAGAGCUAGACUCCAAGUUGAGGAUUUCAAAGUCGAUGAGUCUGAAGCAAAUUUUUGAUGAUAGAUUGGCGAGGCUUCCUGUUUCAGUUGAUAUUGAAUAUAUUCAUCAAUACUUAAAGCAACCACUGCCUGUUGAAUUUUUCCUUAAAUUGAUCACACAAAACAUUAUUCCAAAUUUCGAGGAAAAUCUGACUAAAAAGUUAGAUUUAGGGAAGAGAACUGAGAUUGAAAACAUGAUUCAGAUAGCAGUGCCUUCUAAGACAUCAGGAGCGGUUCCAGAACCUCAGAAUAGGUCCUCUGAUAGGCAAGGCACUGGACCAAAGAAGAAGUUUUCCAGGAGAAAGAAUCCUUGGGUAGUGAAAGAUUUUAUCAGAUUCAAUCCAAAUGGGACUAAAAAUGAGAUGUUUAAAGAAAUCUUAGGUCAUGUAGAGCUUGACAUCGAUGAAUUUCACUCUGACUUACAACAGAUCGAUUCAACAAUUUUCUCUCUAAAAUUAUGGUGGUGGAAACUAAACUUCACCAUUAGACCUCAGAGGUAUAAAUUUGGGAGCUACAUGAAGUUUGCACAAACUUUACUGUCAGAGCAUCAUGAGUUAGAAUUUGCUGUGCUUGGUAAAGAGAUCCGGAAGACCCCCGCCCUUAGUGAGAACCUGCAGAUACUUACUGUGUUCUAUCCCCCAACAAGCUGGCUAGUACAACAAUUGUUCCUAGACCUAGCCUGGCCUAAGAUGGAAAAAUUGAGGGAAUUCGUGUGUUGCCCAGUCAAUCAAGGGACUUUUUGGAAUAUAAUGAAAGUCCUCGAGAAAGAUAACAGAGACUUAGUUAAGGAAAAUUGUCCUAAUCUGGAAAAAUUUGGCUUCCAUUUUGCCUUCAUCGAGUCCCAAGAGUUUAGAGAAAUGUAUAUUAAGCCUCAAGACAGCUAUAUCAAAAUUGAGUUUGGAAAUCCAAAGGCAGAAGAUAACUCAUUCUUCCUUCACUUCGGUGGAGAUAUAAAAGGAGGCCCUUUUAAAUUCAAUCUUAAAGGAAAGGGACAGGUAUAUGCGCUCUUUGCUGACAAUAACCUUCACGAAGACUAUGUUACCUUGGAUAUUGUAAAAUUUGUCAGUUUUGAGCCAGAUUAUGUUGAAGAGGCAAAAGAAGCCCCAUGCUUGAGACCAUUCAAAGAAUACAAAGAUAUCGUUGAGACAUAUUACCCAAAUAAGGGAAGAUCAAGGAAAUAACCCUAACUUUGAGAACACUAAGUGAAAAGUUGAGGUCAAUAUCCCAGUGAAAUUGAUCACUAAGAUAGAGAUAUGCAGAUCAAGUUUCCUAACAAUGGUGCCCUUAAUAAAGAUGGUUGGAAAUUUGAAAGCAAAGAACCCGAGGAUAAUCACCAAGUUGACACUUUCUUGCGAGAACUUUAAGAUGAUGAAGACACAAGCACUGGCUUAUUGAUUGCAGAAGAAUAGUUUUAACGAGCUCAAUAUAACAUCACUGAAAGAUCUAUGCCAAGCUCAGAAAUUUUUAGAGGUCUUCAUUGAACAAAAUCCUUAUCUUUCUGAGUUCAGGUACCCUGUAGUAGAUAAUUGGGAGACACAAGCAGUGAUUGGAGACUUCUGAGCAGCCCUCAGAUAUGCAGUGAUCAAACCCAUAGUUGCUGAAUAA